GUUUAGUUCGAGUUCGGUUGUGCGGUUGUUAACAUUUCAAAGAAGAAAAUCUCGCGAGUAAUUUUCAAACAACACAGAAAUAUUACAAAAAAAAAAAAACAAAUAAUUUUUAUCUAUUACGGAAAAGAAAUAUACGUGUUCAGUCACAUAUACAAAUUCACAUACAUACACACAUAUACAAUUAUACUAUACAUACGUUACUCAUUUAAUUUUUUUUUUUUUUGGUAUUGAAAGUAAGAAAAAAGCAAAAGAAAACAAAAUCAAAAAUAAUUAUGACACGGUUUUUGUAUAGCUCAAUUCUAGUCAUUGGAAUUGCAAUAAGCAGUGUUCACUCAAUUGCACUACCAGGCGUACCAGAAUGUCCUGAGCCAUAUGGUGAACAAGCGUACGGUCAUCCAGAGCAAUGCGACCAAUUCUUUUUAUGCACCAAUGGAACACUUACAUUAGAAACAUGUGAAAAUGGACUGCUAUUCGAUGGCAAAGGAAACGCACAUAAUCAUUGCAAUUAUAAUUGGGCUGUUGAUUGCGGAACAAGAAAAUAUGAUCCAACACCAAUUUCAUCACCUGGUUGUGAGUAUCAAUUUGGUAUUUAUCCAAUUAGUGGUGAAUGCUCAACAAGUUAUACAAAGUGCGCUUUCGGCGAACCACAUCAGCAGGAGUGUGAUGCGGGUUUGGUAUAUGAUGAUAGAAUUCAUGGAUGUAAUUGGCCAGAUUUGCUGCUUGAGACUUGUAAUCCAGAAGCUGUUGUAGGUUUCAAAUGCCCGGAUCAUGUCGCAUCUGAUUCACCAGCAGCGCGCUUUUGGCCUUUCCCACGGUUUCCAGUUUCAAAUGAUCCACAUAAGUUGAUAACAUGUGUCGAAGGCCAUCCUCGUUUAAUUUCAUGCGGUGACGAAAAACUAUUUGAUCCUCAAUCGUUAACUUGUGAAGAAUCAAAAUAAUAGAAACAUACCACAGAACCAUGUAUAUAUUUGGAUUAAAGAAAAAAUCAUCACUCAAAACCUGCGCAGAAGCUAUAUAUAUAUAUAUACUUUGUAUAUAUAUGUAUUUUGAAUAUGUGUUUCAAAUAAAUUUUAAUUAUUUUUUUUUUGUAAAUAAAUAUUUAUAGGUUCAUCCCUUAA